AUGACAUGGGCCGUCGCAAGUGUGACUGAUGAGAGACCAACGGUGAACGACUUGCGCGCAACUAUGGUCAAGCACUCGGUGGAGGCGAAGGCACCAAGAAACGACCCAGGUCAGGUCAAGGUGAACAAGCUAAUCGGAUUCUCCAAGAAAGAAGGGAUUCUAGCAAUGCGAGAAGAUACUGCCAUAUCGAUCAUACUGUCCAGCACAUGCCGACCUCAACAAGCCCGAGCUGGUGCCUUUUAUGCAAGUCAAGAGUUCCAAAUCACCUGGCUGGCCCGAUUAAUCGAUGUUGUGGUGGGGAUGUUCAUCCAAUCUAUUCUGUUCUACAGUCACAUCCUGCGGCUGCUCGCAUCUAAUGACGACUUCCCGGACUAUGCAAUAGGCAACGGCAAGGAUCACGGUGUGGCUGACACCUGA